AGGCGAAACUCAGAGCUGCACAUUUUCCACUUGCAAUGCGCAUGCUCGGCAGAGGCGGUAGCAGUCAGUGUAGCGGUGACUCGGUUAGUGUAGUUUCAGUGUACGGUACCGGACUCAGACAUGGACUGUCAAUGUUAGCCGGGGUGUGUUCGCUUACGUUGGACCGGGCAGUAGACUUCGUUUGUAACGUCGCAGUAGCUUCAAAGAAUCGAACGACAUGAGCGUUGCAGGUGCGGAGUGGAGCUCCGGGUCCGGUGACAGCUGUCAGCUGCCUCUUAAUAACGGACCCCUGACCCACAGCUUCAGGAUGCGUUUCAUGCUGCUGUUCAGCCGGCAGGGGAAGCUGCGGCUGCAGAAGUGGUACACAGCCACAGCCGAGCGCGACAAGAAGAAGAUGGUCAGGGAGCUGAUGCAGAUAGUGCUCGCCCGCAAACCAAAGAUGUGCAGCUUUCUAGAAUGGAGGGACCUCAAGAUUGUAUAUAAAAGGUAUGCCAGCCUGUAUUUCUGUUGUGCAAUUGAAGAGCAGGACAAUGAGCUGAUCACACUGGAAGUCAUACACCGCUUUGUAGAGCUGCUGGAUAAGUACUUUGGCAGUGUGUGUGAACUAGACAUCAUCUUUAACUUUGAGAAGGCCUACUUCAUACUAGAUGAGUUCCUGAUGGGAGGAGAGAUCCAGGACACAUCUAAGAAAAGCGUCCUCAAGGCCAUUGAACAAGCAGACCUACUGCAGGAGGAGGAUGAGUCACCCAGGAGUGUGUUGGAGGAGAUGGGCUUGGCGUAGUACUCAGCAGCGUUGUGAGAGACUAUAGAUACUAAGGCAGAGGGCUGGAUGAGAGGGGGCGGGACAGCAGCUGGGAUUGAACAUGUUUGGACUGACAGCAUUGGUUCUGUGUAUCUGUGGCUCUGGGGACUGAUGUACAGUAUUUAACUGGGGAAAGACACUCAGUUAAUGGAAGAUCCUUGCAUUGACAGGCCCUUUAGCUGUGUGUGUGUGUGUGUGUGUGUGUGUGUGUGUGUGUGUGUGUGUGUGUGUGCGUGUGUUUGUGUGUGUGUGUGUGAUCUCAGUGUGGUAUAGAGGAGAUGGGAUACAUUUAAACUUGUGUGGCUGUGGGGGGGUUGUGUGUUUAGAUUUUUAAACUUUGCUUAUCAGAGAAUUAAGACAAGAAUCCACAGCAGAUACUGACUGAUUCGUUCAUUCAGACCAAAUCAGGUGUUGCGCGGGGGCAGUGUUGUGCGGUAAUGUGGGCGGGUAGGAAAUAACUCUUUAUUUCUCUGAUUGAUUGGCUUUUUCAUACCACCAUUCAAAUGAAUGGGAAGAUGUGCGUUUUGGCUGCAGCAUUGGAUCUGGUCUGGCUGUUUUACUGUUGCUUUGAUGCAGAGUUUAGCAGUCACACCUCGCUGUGAGAGUUUCUGAAUACUGAAUGUGGCCUGAGACUUGAUUAAGGAUUUGAGUAAUCAGAAAACAAUAACUUGACAUCACUCUAAUGAUAAGUCUGAUGUUAUUCUAUAUUUUCUUUGUGUUUUCAACAAUUCUCAUGAAGACAAAAACUGACGCUCCUGUCUCUAUACUUUGUGACUUCCUUAGUCUGUCUAUGACUCUCAUCAAGUUCAUUCAUUCCUAUUGAAGACAGCUCAUAAAUAAAAAAGCUAAGUUUAUUAUUUUUUUAAAUUACUUUAUAAUUAGACAAACAGCUGUACAUUGUAGUUUUUUAAAAACUUUACUCAAACUGGAGAUUGGUAAUGAAGGAACAUUCACUCACUCACUCACUGCAACAGUUUAGCUUGUUGUUCUGUGUUAAUGUUUGUGUAUGGCAAUGGAGCUGUAUGUCCCAGAGGAAAAGAUGCAUCAGGACACAUUAAUUAUUGGUUUGACUUUAAGAUUUAGUGACAAUCUGUUGAAUAUAGAAUAUCACCAGACAUAAGAUUCUGAGUUGAUGCAACCUUUUCUGUAGCGUUUGCCAUUAUUCCUGUUGGUUAUGUACAUGAUAAUACACACAUGAAGACCACUCUUACACAUUUCCAGUUGUGACAACAAAAGCUAUGUUCACAUUGGGUAAAAGGUCAUGACUUAUAAUAGCAUGGUUUGUACAUGGCAGUCUGCCAGUGUAGAGGGAAAAAAUGAAAACUGAGUACCACUGAAAUGGGCUGGUAAUACAUAAUGGUGUAAAACUGCAUGAGCGCGCACACACACACACACACACACACACACACACACACACGAGAACCACUUUAAGUACUACAGUUAAAACUGCAGCAGGAAGUAGUUAUGAAAGAUGAAGUGAAGCUUUGAUGAUGCCCAUCACCUUCAUCCUCAUUCUCACUUCCAGUCUAGUUUGAAAUAUUAUUGUGGCUCUGACAGUUUGUGUUGUUGUCUCAUGUAUUAAACUCAUGUGGAAACUUUUUUUCAGAUCAAGUCAAAUGUUAUGAUAACCAACAGGAUUAACUACAAAGCCAGAGGUUAUAAGAAAACAUACUACUUUCUCAACGUGCUUGAACGACUAAACUUAAGGUGUUGUCAGUAUGUUAUUACAAUCAUUUGAGUUCUACUUUGAUGUUUAAGAGUUUCAGUUGGGUUUUCAGAGUUGUACUGUUUGGAAUUCUGUCCUGUAUCUGUAAUCUGACACGACGGACGUAGGGUGAUAAACUGCAUUGUGGAUUGUGAAUAAUGAACCAAAGACAUUGUUUACAUAUGAACCAUUCAUAUGUACUGUCAGUGAACUGAUGUACCAGAUGAGAUGGAAAUAUUGAGUCUGUCUUAUGCAAUUUAACAAAGUGCAACAGCAGUCACAUCCCACUUAGAUUUCUUCCAGACAGCAGAAAACAUAUGGAAUGAGAGUGAGCAAAGUUCAGUGUCAGUGUGGGAACUUGAUAUUGUUCUACUGUUAUGGCAAACUGGUUCAACAUGUUACAGCUGGAUUGAAAUUUCAAGGCAAUUAGAAUAAAUCAAAUUUUAGACAAGUAUAUCUCAUGGUCCCAUACAUAUUUAUACCAUCUUUUAUUUUUGACUAUGUGCUUGUUACUCAUGUUGGUGAUAUAAACUCGGUGUCAGUGUGAAAUUCCACCUCAAGCAGGAUGAGCAGCCAAUGCUAGAGGAUUGGAAGCCAUUAAAGACAAAGAGCGGAUCACAUAAAUGCUUCUCCUGUGAGUGCUGCUUGCAUUGUGUGAGUAAACUGUCAUUUCAUGUAAACAAAGUGCAUUUCCUAAACAGUAGUACAUCUUCAACCAGUUCUGAAUGUAUUCCUUAUGGGCAUAACAGUUUACCAGGGUUGUGGUGAGUCUAUGAAUCCAGUUCUGGGUCAAUAACUUGGUGUCUUUACACUAGCGUGGGCUGGUGUAAUAAAGGUUUCCGCUGGUCCGGGUUUGAUGGAAUUUUACUCAUUCUGGAUCCAGAAUUAAAUCUUUUCAUAUCCAUAACCCAAAUCAAACUUUAUUUUUUAUCAUCUGAAUUCUGGAAAAAAAAUGAUAAACAGAAACUAUUGAUCUGAUCUGAAUUGUAAAAGUUAACUGACUGAAAUUCCAACUCCAGAAAUUGAUGUGAGCAAGCUACAUGGUUCCAGAAAGAAUUCCCCACUUUGGUCCUGCACAACUGCAAAAACUGAAAAACACAAAAUAGAACUAGAUCCAAAUCAGAUCCAGCUAUCAGAACCCAACUCUCCGUGCACAUGCACUAGACUGAGGCCCUGUACAGCGCUACAUAAAUAUGAGAACUGUUACACCCAGGUUUAAGUCUAACGUUAGUGUGUAUACUAGCGUGUUCUUGCGUUAUGCAUGACAGAUUUAUGUCAUAAAAAUCUGAUGAUGUUAGCUAUGAACUUUUAGGGCUACGCUGUCACAUUUAGGGUGAAAAGCUCAUCAUUGAUCAUCAUAUAUAGAGAACCAGGUAAACCCUGGAGAAACAUUCAGGUAAAUAAAUGAUCUGAGGCAGUCUUCACUCAUGUCUGAUGAGGUUUUAAAAGAAAAAUGCUUUAUAGGAACUGCUUAGUUUUUUGGCCUUUUCAAGCUUUUAUUGUACAGAGACAGCUGACAGGAAUGUGGGGAGAUAAAGAUGGGCAAUGACAUGCAGCAAAGGGCCGCAAGUCGGAUUCGAAUUCUGGGCUGCUGCGGCAAGGACUGAGCCUUUGUACAUGGGGCGGAUGCUCUACCAACUGAACUAAACGACACCCAAACUGCUUAGUUUCAGCAAAGUUUCUUUCAGUCAAUCUAUCUGGAAUUCUAGUUGUCACGAUUUCCUGAUUAUUUCUUACUAAGUGACCAUGUAGUAGUUUUUUUUUCUAUGAACCGCCUGUAGACUGUUGUUUGAACUAGACUAUAUCUACAACAUCUUUCUGACUUGAUGUUACUAAUGGUACUUUGAUAAUAUAGGGUAUCGCUGGUAGUGCUUUCAUAAGAAUCUUCUAUCUGAAAUAGAAAUUGAUGAUAUGCUGUUUUAUUUCGCAUGGUUUGGAAAAUCAUUUAUUUUAAGCAAUCUCACAAUAUUACUUCCAAGUACCUUGUUUUCUGUUGCUUCUUUUAGUUUUGUUAAACCUUCUAAACUGGUGGUGAACAUCUUCCCUGCAUUGCCUCAAAUUGUAUGCAUGUUUUUCAUCAUAAGGGGAUAUCACUUGUAUCAUAUCCUCUCCAGAGGUCUGGACAAACCACCCUCUCAUAUCCAGUAGGAAAUUAAUUUUCUUGUUUUGUGUCAUCACAUUCCUUAAUCACAACCUUUGUUAGCUAUGAACAGCAGGGACGUGGUUGCUGGAAAAUGAUGGAUGGUAGAAGAUGUGGGUGAGGGAGCGUGGAUGCUGGUGUCUACAGGAGGAAUGUAGUUUUAGCUUGACUGUUUUUUUGUCUAUCCUGGGCUUGUGUUGCUCAAACAGCUGUUUCAGUUCAGCAGGAUAAGAAUGUCAUAGAAAGAUUUUUCUGUUAAUCUUAGAGUGAAAGUUUUUCAAGAUGUAGAGAUUAUGCUUAACACUGCAUGAGCAGUUAGGUUGAUGGGUCUCAGUUCAAACUGACUUCAAACUCUUUCCACUCUCUCCACCUGCAAAAUUUUGAAUGGGAAAAUCAUUCAGGACCAAAGUGGCCACAGAGAGAAAGAAGAGGAACGGGAGUAAGAAUGAUUGGAGUUAGAUGACCAAUCAAAUGCAGCUGCUGGCCAAGAGACAGCACAGCAGAAUGAAAAAGGCCCAGGCAUUCAGACACCUAGGUUGUCCCUUUCAUGACGAGGCGUUUUAAUGAAAGACAGACUCUGUGAGCUGGUUUCUCUCUUAAGAAGCUCUAAUCAAAUCGAAUGAAUCAGUACUAAAUCUACUAAAUCUUAAGAAAGGGUUCUCCACACACAGUUGUCAUUGUUUUAAUAUUUCCAAUUAAAGGUGUAGAGAAAACCUUAUUAACCCUUUGUCUACUUGACUACAUUUGGCUCUGGACACAUGACAAUGUAUCAGCCAUGUGUCUCACUGACUUCUGUCAGAAAUAAAUGGACUGGACCUCAUGUGACCUGGUGAUCAGGCUUGUUUAUUUGUACAGAUCGAAAACUUCUAUGUCAAUAUUAGACUGUUAAUGCAACACUACAUUUUUAAGAAGGUACUACAUCCUAAAGGACCUUUUCAGUAAGUGUACUUCCUAGAGAAACUAAGAAAAUGUAGAGGUCAGUGGCAGCAAUCGGCUGCAGGACAUUCAGCCUGAAACUAAAUGCAAGGUCACUUCAGUUGCAGCUCUGUUGUCUGUACACAGAAAUGACUAAUCUUUUGUUUUCCUCUGCUGAAGUCUGAAUGUUAGACCAUGUUCUAAGAGUAAGGGCUCGCUGUAUGGUCUGACUGUUUUCUACAAUUUGAGAAACAAUGAUAUACUGUAUCAGCAUGUAGUGGAGUAAAUGACAAAGAUGUACAUGUGGGGAAGAGAGGCUGAAAAUGUUGCUAAUGCAUGUGCAGUAAUCUGGGACAGCAUUAGAGACACAUUUAAAUUCUGAGAUUACAUUCUGUGUUGUAUAUUCUUCAAGUGUUAGAAAUCUUUAUUUCAAGUCUUGUCUAGUCUUUCUUCAGACUUCUGACAAAAUCCCUGAAUUUUGAUGAUCUCAGUUUAAACAGAUUUUGUUCCUCUAAAGGCCGAGUACGCUUCAAACACAACUUUGUUCAGUGUAUUUUUCGACCACAUCUGACGGCAAACACGUUUCUAGCAGUUCUAAAUGUCCAAACUGUCACUGUCUCUUCAUGUCUGCAUCCCACUGCCUUCCUGAAUCCGACCUUGUUUCUAUUGCUUGUCUUUGUAGAUAUGAUCCAAUAAUAGCUCACACUUUUAGACAGCCUCUAUUUGAAGGCGUCUUAGGUGUUGUACACAUAUGUAACAACAACAUAUCUAUACUUUCACACCUUCACACACCUGACCAAUUGCUCCCUGAAGUGGGUCUGUUUUUAAAAAGUUACAAAAUUGGAUAUAGAGCCGUGAUUUUGCUUUCAGACAAUGGGAUCCAGAUGUUCUAUGUUCUGAAAAGCACUUUAAAGCUUACUGAGGCCUUAAUCCUGCUUUCUCCAUCCUGUACAUUUGAGCAUGCACCCACCUGAAGAUUUGUUUGUGGACAUGCAGCCAAAGUCAUUUUGUUUGCAGUGAUUUCAUCAUUAACCCUGACCUCUGCUGCCCCUUUCCCCUUAAUCAAAGGGACAUUCUUUCACUAGUGUGUUGAAUAAUGUUUUUUCUCUGUCAAUCAGCUCAUCACUUAAUCAAUUUGGUAGGUGUCUUGUUCAUGAUUAAAUCCACCUAUAAACAGAAUGAAGAUUUAAAGUUUAUAUUUUUCUCACCUCCACCAAAGAGGUUCUGUUUUCAGUGUGUUUGUUUGUCUGUCAGUAGGAAAAAUUACUGUCCUAAGAAACUAAGUGGAAGGGUGUAACAUGGGACAAGGAAGAACCCAUUACAAUGCUGAGUGUAAUACAGACGUGUAGUGUUCACAGGUAAAGGCUAAAGGGAGUCAAUGUGUGAAUGUAAUUUUCUAAGAAAUAAAGCAUUUUAAGCUAAA